AUGUGGAGGCCUGGCCAACAAGAGCCAGUGAUUCUUGUAGAAGGGAGCGAAGAGAGCGUUCUGUGCGCUCCAGAACAAAUCGUUGCACUUGCUGUAGAUCGGGAGAUGGACGACGCGAAGAAUAAGGCGGACGUCGUUCACCACGACGACGACGACGCAGUCACCGAGCGCGCCUAG